CUUUUGGCGGCAAACAGAUGCUGUUGUUUUAGAUGUUGUUGUACAGUGCGCAAAUGCAAAAAAAAAAAAGCAAACUGCGCUAUAAACAAAUCCCUGAUUCAGUUUGGUCAAUUCUUGUACAAAAUAUAAAUAUAGGCUGUUAAGAGAUAGUAUGUAAAAGAAACAAAGAUCGCAACAAAACUUGAACAACAGUAUCGGCCAAUAGGCAUCGGCAUUCACAUUAGCAUCGGCGAAAACAGAACAGCAGCAAAACAGACAACAAGCAGCAGCAGCAAAAAGCGGACAGCAGAAAAAAGCAGCGCAACACAAAUAAACAAACCAAAUAAUUUUUUUGUGUUGUUAUCAUCGUUGUAAAUAUGUGUGAGAGUUGUACAUGCUAUUGCAAUUGUACACACAACUAAAUAAGUAAACAAGCAGACAAAAUGGAAUCAAUUGUGCUGCAUUCGGAUAUAGCGCGUCUUGUUCUGGGCUAUUUGGUUAAUAAUAAUCUAAAACGUGCAGCACUGACGCUUUGUCGCACAUCGCCACAUCUGCAUCAGGAGUUCGUUGCCUUCCGCCAGGGAUUGCAGCCCCACAACUUUCUCAAUGGCGGCCUCGAGGAGAUGAUACGCGAACAUGUCAAAAUCACCGGUUUAGUGGCAAGCGCCAUGCACAAACUGCCGCUGGAAAGACGCCUUCGUCUGCAGCAACUCAAGCUCUCUGAGCGCCUUGGCGAGCUGCUGAAACUGGACAAGUCAGCGUCCAGCAGUGCCAGAGACAGCACCUGUCACCGGAAUGCAAACAACAAUACACAACGCAAAAGGGAACGAAUGCGUGCGCUGUCGGAUGAGGAACUGCCACUGAGCUGCAAGCGUUCGCGCCUGCUGGCACCACAUUUGUACUGCAGCAUGGACCGUUCCUGCCGCAAUCUAAGCGAAGACAAUGAAUCGAUGGAGAGUAGUACGGGCAGCGACAUUAGCACUGGUCAAACGGACGAUGGGCUAAGUUUCCCUGGACGUGGACCUAAGAAUAAUUCCACGCCACGCACGACCACUAGCAAUGAGGCGGAGCUGAUGAUGCCCAUGCCUCAGGCAAUGCCGGAGCUGACGCAGGCCAUCAUGACCAAUGAGGACUUUCAACAGAAGCUGCUGAACAACAUAAACGUGGCCUUGCAAUCGGUCACAGUGCAUGCGCCGAGUGUGGAUUCGAUAAACGCGGAGUCGGUGCUAGAUGAUCUGGUCAAGAAUAUACUGGAGGCAACCGAGAAGGAUCCCUCAUUCGAUCGUGUGCUGCAGGAGGUGGUGGGCAUGGAUACGUCACAAGCCGCAGAAGGAUCAGGAGCAGCAUCAGGAGCAACUGCAGGAGCAGGAGCAGGAACAGAAACAACUGCUGGAGCAACUGCAGCAAUUGUAAUAAAUCCAGAGCCAGUGCCGCCACAGACGCCGCUCAUCAUACGGAAUGCGGUUGCCUCGGCAAGUGCAUCUGGGUCCGGAUCCGGAUCCGUGCCCGUGUCCGUCAAUGGCGGAGGGGAUGUGAAUGUGGUGAAUGGGAAUGCCAAUGCUGUGAUACAAAUGAAUGCCAACAGCUCCAUUGGCACACUGAUUGAUCCCAAUUUCAGUAUAUCCAAAUUGAUAGUGCUCAAUUCCAAUGAGAGUGCACAGAAGCAACCACCGGCGUCUUCUGUGAAUCUCAGCUUUACCAGCGAGAAUCUCAUUAAUUUUGGCGAUGGCAACGCUGCCAUAACGGAUGCGGAUGCGAAUGCGAUUGGGAAUCAGGUGUGCGUGGACGCCACCACUGGCCAGCUAACGUUUCCCAUGUUCCUGUCCAAUGAGGGAUUGCUAUCGCACUUGCCGUUCCUGGUCAACAAUGAGUGGUUGGCCCAACAGCUGCGCUCCGAUGUCUUUGCCAAUGCAGAUGUCUCACAUAUUGAGAUACCGCUACCCGAGCCGAUUACAGUGACUGCCAAUCAAUUGCCACCCAACUCAAUAAUCAUCAACAGCGCGGUGAAGCAACCACCAGAGCCGCCCGUCCAGCUAAUCGAGGAGGUGCAGCAGGCCAAGUCCAGUGCUCCUCCUUCACAGUUGGAGCGUUCGGGCAGCAAGCUGGGCAGUAACAAUGCCGUGCCCGCCUCCCUGGACUCAUCCCGUCUGGUGCUGGAACGUGUAACGCCCUCGACGGCGGGCAUUGUGAAUGUGAAGGCAUUUCGGAGUCUGUCCACGCCACGAAAGCGCACAUCGCAUGUGCGCACCUUGAAUUUCUCACCCAAGGCGGUCGCUCAAUUGCAGAGCACACCCUUGUCCACGCGUCGUGCCCAGCAGCAGCUCCAGCGUCAGCAGCGACGCGUCAAGUUGAAGGCCUUGAAGGAGAAACAGGCGGAGCAGCUGGAGAAACCCAUUGAUGUGCAGCCGGAGAAGCCGAUCAUUAUUAAAAAUGUGGAAAUUCUGCCCAAUUUUGGCAGCACUCCGAGCACAGCAGCAAGAGCGGAAGUAGAACCCGUGGAAGUAGAAGAAAAAGGAGCAGGAGCCGCAGGAGGGGGAACGGUGGCAGGAGCAUCUGCUGAUUUGAGCGCUAAUGAGAGCAACAGCUGUGUGCCGCCACUGUUCGCCAUGGAGGAGGGUAGUAAUCAGACGGUAAUCAAGGCAGUUACCGCCGCCUCCAAGUCAAGUGCUCCCCUUGGAGCUGCCACGCCCAAACGCAAGCAGAAGCGACGUGCCGCCGUCAAUGCCUGCAAACGCAUCAUCUCUCAGGCGGUGGAUGAGAACCAGGUCGAGGCACAGCAGGAUCCGCCGCCAGAGCGAGAGGUGGAACCGGAGCCGGAGCCGGACACAUGUGCAUCCACCUCCCACGAUGAGAGCAAAGAGAAUCAAAGUGGCAUGGCAGAAGCAUUGGCAGAUGAGCACGAGGAUUUGAUGGCCGCCUGGCAGCGUCAAUUGCAUGGCUCCAGCACGGAUUUGGAGCAGCGUCUGCGAGCGAUUAAUGCCCAGCGAAUGGAGACGCAAAAGCCUCAACCACGUGUGCGUCGCAAGAAAAAGGCGUCGGCCACGCCCCUGGCGCCCAAGCAAAAGAAGCUUAAGAUGCCGCCAAGUUGCAAGAAGAUGUCAAAGAAGAAGCUGGAGAAGAUGGGGCUGUCGGGGAACGGGGCUGGGGCUGAGGGUGAAGGGUUUAAUAUAAAGAUAACGACGCCACAAAAGGUGAAGAGAUCAAUGGAGGCCAAGGAGGGGAAGCAACAAGUAAAGGGGAUUAAAGAGGAGAAAACACAGCAAAAGCAGGAGGAGAAGGAGAAGCAGAAGGAAGUAGCACAACACGAGCAGCUACCGGAGCAGGAGCAGGGAUCACAACUGCCUCUCAAGUCGGAGCAGGAGCCGCACAAGGACUCCACCGCCGAUGCUGCGGUGCCCAGCAUGUCGAUGCUGCUGGAGACACCGUUUAAGGUGCUGCUAACGGAGCCAGAGGCGGAGAUGGAUGCGGAUCAGGUGCCACCAACACCAGGACCAACAUUAAUGCCACCGCUAGCCACGCCCUAUGCCAAGCUGCUGCCCUCCGCCUCGUUUCUGUUUGGCAGCGAUACGAAGAGCAUACUGGACACGCCCAUGUUGACAGCAAUCACGCCGGGCAUGCGUCUGGGUACGCCAUUUGGACAUGCGCUUGGCACACCACAUGGCAGCGCUGCCAAAACGGAUUACUCCUCGGGCAGUUCGUAUUAUCGGCCGGAUGAGGCGGAGCACACGGAUACGAAUGCGCAGUGCGCCUUGCAACCGGUGGAUGUGCAUGUGGAUGCAGUGCAGCAGACGACAAAGUUGAGCAGCGCCUGCUUUGAGCUCCAGGCGGAACGUCUGCCCGUGGAGCCGAUGGUGUUGCGGCGUGUGCGAUCUUUUGGCACCGAGGCGGUGGACAGUGCUGAGGGAGCUGCCGCCGUGCUGCCCAAUGUGGAGCAGUCAAUGGUGGAGAUAGCUCACUACAAGCUCGUCUCGGGCUUGCCCGAUGCCGUUGUGGACAACUCGAGUAGCAGCAGCUGUGCCAGCAGUUCCAGCUGCUCGAGCAGCUCCAGUUCCUCGAGCAGCUCGAGCAGCAGUGCCAGCAACAGCAGUAACUCAUCCGCUGGCACUGCCUCAGCUGCCUCCAGUCACAUGGUCAACUCGGUGGUGCCGGCAAAGACGAUGCAACUCUUGGAUAUGGAGAAUCUGUCGGAUAUUAGCAGCACCGAGGAUGAGGAAUGGCUGAAGGCGGCUGCUGCCGCUGCACCACAGCAUGCACCACCGCUGGCCAUUGACAGUGAGCCGGCGCAGCUGGUGAGCCAGGAUGGUGAGGUGCGUUAUCCACUGCGAAAUUGGUUGACCCCAAGUAAGGAUGCAGCGGCUGUGGCGGCGGAUACAAGUGGCGAAAUGGCACCACCACCAGCACCACCUGCUCUGCCGUUGUCACCAGUGUCAGUACCUGCUCCUCCAUCGUCACCACCAGCGCCGGCUCCACUGACGCCUCCUCCACCACCAGACCCACCUGCAUCAUCGUCUCCACCAACAGAGCCUACAGCACAACCAGUGUCAGCGGCCGAGGAGGCACUGAAUCAACAAUUGAUAUUGGAACAGCGUCGUCAGGAUCUGGCCAUGGUGCGGGAACGCGUCAAGGCAAAGGUUAAGCAACAGACGACACCAAAGCAGCGUCCCAGGAAGACCAGCAAGAAGCUAACGGCCAUGCGCGAGACAGCCAACAAAGCGAAUCCCACUUCUAAUGCCCAUAAAUCACCCAAAAAGGAAGCAAAGCUCCCAGAGAAAACUGAGAAAGCAGCAGCGAAAGCGGGAACAGGAGCAGGCGAAUCAGCUGGAGCAGGAGCAACUGGAGGAGUAACUGGAAAAGAGACAGCAGGAGCAAAAGCUAAAACAGCAGCUAAAGCCGGAACCGGAGCGGGUGAAGCAACUGCAGGAACAGCUGGACGAGGAGCAGCAACUGGCGUAGGAGCGAAAGGUAAAACAGCGACUGGAGGAACAGCAAGACCAAGAGCAGCUGGAGGAGGAGCAGCAGGUGGAAAAACUAAAGCAGCAGCUAAAGCAGGAAAAGGAGUGGGCGAAACAGCUGGAGGAACAGGAGCAAGAGCCAAAGCAGCGUCUAAGGCUGCAAAAGCAGCCAUUGAAGCUGGAUCAACUGAAGCAGAAACAGCUGAAGCAGCGAGCGCCACUGAAAGAGUAACUGAAGUAGCCGGAGCAGCAAGCACAGUCGAAGGAGCAGCAGUCGGAGCAGCACCUUCACUUGAUUCUAACCAAUCCAAAGACACGCCAAGUGAACCAAUUCCCAGCAGUAGCCACAGCGGCUGCGGCAACGAUCUCGAUCCGGCGCUCCUCAUGGCAUUGAAUCUGAGCGCCAAGAAGCAACAGCAGCAGCCAAAAACUGGACGCGUUGCAUUGGAAAUAGCGGCACAACCGGCGCCCACAACAUUGGGCACGGGUCAGCGACGUGGGCGACCACCCAAGAAGCCAGUGAAUGCGGAGCCAGCACUGAAUAGCAUGAGACGCUCCUCCCGCCUAAUUGAAACCAAGUGUAUUGUGGCGCCGGAGGAGUCGCAAUCCGCCAAGUCGUCGUCGAAUGCCAAAGUGACCAAAAAGCCGGCCAAGAAACGUGCCGAGGCGCGUCUGGAAGCGACGCCCCCUCCACUGGCGACUCUCGCCGAGGCGCAAACAACGCAACAGUCGCCGGAGCAGACGUCCGCCUCCAAUGUGGCCAGUGGCGACUUUGAGCUGGACAUGUGCCGGAGCGUUAGCCAUGUGGAGAACACCUACAGCUUUGCCUAUGCCGACAGUGGCAGCCAACCAAUGCAGCCUGUGCCCCGCCAGACUCCCAGCUACUUUGACAACUUCCAAAUGCGCAUCAUGGUGGACAGCGGCGAGAUGCACACCAUCCGCAUCACGAGUCCACAGCUGCUCUACCAGACGCCCAAUGCUGGCGAGGACAGUGCUGGCCAUGCUGCCUCCAUAAGAAACAUACCCAAGAAACGGAAACCCGUGGCGUCAUCCACGCCGCUGACCAGAAAUGCCGAGUGUGAGGAGCGGGAUGAUAACGAUGCGGAGGUGGCAACAAUCAAUACGCCCAUGAAGUCGAACCCUGGCGAGGAUCUGGCGAUGGAGCCCCAUGAUGCCGGUGUACAGAUCGAGGAUAUCGAAUCGAUACUUUCUCAUUUGCACGGUACCUAAAAGAAAGAAAAAAAAACGGAUGCAAACAAUAUAAAAAUUUUGUGUUUCACAAUGAAUUGAACCAGUUUUGUUUAUACUUAUAAAUACGAAAUAGUUUUGUAUGUUUUUUUUUUUUACUGAUCUUGAUUAAAAAUAACAUAGGUUUAUUUAUGUAUUCCACGUAUUCUAAGGUACGUACGUUUGUUAAAGCUUUAGUUUAGUAUUUUAACGGCUAUACAAAAUAUCAAAAAAAAAAAAAAAUACAAACCAAAAAUAUCUUUCUUACGAAGACUUUGGUUUUCGAAUCAAGUAUAUGAAUUCUAUGUAUCUAUAUGUAAAUAGAGCCAUGCAUUAAGUAUUACCUGCUCCAAGAAUAGUCCUGGUAAUAAACCUAAUUGCUUGACUUUGAAUAAAAAAAUAAUAUGAUUUUGUUUAUGAUAA